GCUCCAUCUCGGAGGGUUUGCGACUGUUUCGAGCAUUUUUUUGUAAAAUAGUGAAUUAGUGGUUAAUUUCCUUUUUUAUUCACGUUUAACGUUCCUUUAGCUAGUAACAAUUAAUAGGAGUGUGAAAAUACAUUCAAAUUAACAGUCACUUGGGCUUCAUCUGCAACAUAUCGAUUCGGCGUAUAUAACAAAGCUAGGUUAUAAUUAGAUUUUCGGCAUUUUCCAUUAGUGUUAAUUUGAAAUGGAAAGCAUGGAUGUCGCUCAAGAAGGUGCCUCGGCAGCGUCUACGCCCGUUGUGGAAAACGGGCCAGACAAGAAUGUUACGGCGGAGGAAAUGACUUCAAGAGAUUACUAUUUCGACUCGUAUGCCCAUUUCGGUAUUCACGAGGAGAUGUUAAAGGACGAAGUUCGCACACUCACGUAUAGGAAUGCUAUGUACCACAAUAAACACUUAUUUAAGGGAAAAAUAGUGUUAGACAUAGGCUGCGGCACGGGCAUCCUCUCGAUGUUCGCCGCCAAGGCGGGAGCGGCCAAGGUGAUCGCGGUGGAGUGCUCCAACAUCGUGGACUAUGCGCGCAAGAUCGUCGAGGCCAAUCGGCUCGAUGACGUCAUCGAGAUCAUCAAGGGCAAGGUGGAGGAGAUUGAGCUGCCGGUAGAGAAAGUGGACAUCAUCAUCUCCGAGUGGAUGGGCUACUGCCUGUUCUACGAGAGCAUGUUGGACACAGUGCUGUUUGCACGUGACAAGUGGCUGCAGCCUGAUGGCAUGCUCUUCCCGGACAGGUGCACCCUGUUCAUCUGCGGCAUCGAGGACCGUCAGUACAAGGACGAGAAGAUCAACUGGUGGGACGAUGUGUACGGUUUCGACAUGUCCUCCAUCCGCAAGGUGGCCAUCUCGGAGCCGCUGGUCGACGUGGUUGAUGCCAAACAGGUAGUUACGAAUUCGUGUCUGCUGAAAGAAAUAGAUCUUUACACGGUCAAGAAAGAAGAUCUCAACUUCGAAUCUAAGUUCCAUCUGCAAGUGCGGCGCAACGACUUCAUCCAGGCUCUGGUGACGUUCUUCAACGUGGAGUUCACGAAGUCGCACAAGCGGCUCGGCUUCAGCACUGCCCCCGAGGCGCCCUACACUCACUGGAAGCAGACCGUCUUCUACUUCGAUGAGUACAUGACUGUAAAGAAGCAGGAAGAGAUAACGGGCACGUUCUCGAUGCGGCAGAACGCGCGCAACAACCGCGACCUGGACUUCGAGAUUGAGAUCGACUUCAAGGGCGAGCUGUGCCAGGUGCAGGAGAAGAACCACUACAGGAUGCGCUGAGCGCAACCACUACAGGUCUCUGUGAGUGUAGCUUUGGUUUAUAACGUACAUUUUAUGCUACACUUGUAUUAUGGCUGCAGCCUUGCGGACUGCGGUUGAGGUUGAAGGUACUGCCAAUAUAUUAUUCAGUAGUUAGGCGAUAGCGGUGUUCGGUAGUGUAUUUGACCAAGCUUGACACUUUCAGUGCCAGGCACCCCAUUUACAACACAAAAUUAGCAGUAAACGUGUAACAAUAAAUUAACACAUAACUAAAGGUGGUAUAAACCUGUCCAAUUUCUUAGUGCAAUGUCAUUGCGUCUCUCAUUAAGCAAAAUGUGAGACGCAAUACACAUUGGACAAAGAAAUUGUAUAGGUGGAAUACCAUUCUAAGAAAGUCAGACAAUGCUAUCAGAACAUUUGUUUAAAACAGUAUGGCUGUGCCAUUAUAAUUUGAUGUUUGUAAAUAUUAUUUACCUACCUACAGUUGGUCCAUUUUAAUUUUCGUAAAUUAUGGGUGCCUUUUCCAUUUUUAGAUCAGUCAGGCUUCCAUUUAACUUUUUUAAACAGCCUUUUGUAUGAGAAUAAAGCGUAAAAAAAAAAAUCAAAGCUACAUUGAUAGAAACGAAUGGACAUGUCCCAGUGUUCUACCGUCUUAUUUUUGAAAUAAGCUUAGUUAUUGUAUGAAUUGUAUCAUAAGUAUUUGGAGCAUACAUGCCAAAUUUUGUUCAGCUAAACACUAAGUAAUAAGAAUAAGUUUCAUAUAUUUCUGAGACUUAUGCAUAGGUUAAAAACUUAAGAAAUGAGGCGUUUUCAUGUUUUGCCAUAUGUGGCACAAAAUUCUUCGUUUUAAAAUUGCUAGAGUUGUGUUUUACCAGCAAGUGGACAUUUGGAUAUAUAUUUUUGUGCCCAGACACAGCUGUAAUACUUAAUGUCACGUUUAUUUUUAAAUACCAAAACCAAGUGGUCACGAUCCUCAGUAAUGAGGGACCGACAAAGAUGAAGAUCUUUAAAUAUUAGGAAAUUGUAAGUGGCAACUAAUAAUAAUAUUAUUUUCAUUACGCACAUGUUGCAUAUCGCCUUUUUUCUUAAGUUAUUUCACUUGUACUGUGCAUAUUGAGAAAUGCUUUGGGUACCUAUUGUCACGAAUUGAUCAGUUUUAUUAUCAAAAACGAAUAACAUUGAAUGAGUUUCCUAUAGUUUUUAUGAAAAGCGUUAAACAUACGAAGUGUUCUUGUGAAAAUAAAAUGAGUCACGAACAAAUAUGUGAAAAAAAAAAACAUCAAUAAAUUGCUCUGAUAAUGGGGUUGGCAACUGUCAAAGGUUUGCAGAGAUGGCGCCAUCAUAGCUUGCCCCUUUUUCUUUGAGAUUUGGCUUAAAGGGCUGGCAUCCAGGGCAUAAAAUUCCAUUAAAAAAACAAAAAUUUGACAAUUCUAGGGAUUGACAGAUAAUUGACAGGGCAAGCUAUGCUGGCGCAAUCUGCUAAAUACUUCGACCGGCCAACCCCAUUAGCGAUAGUAUAUAUAUGUACAUAUUAUUCACCAUUCAUAAGUGCUUACCCCUACAUUAAUAAAGUAUAUUUGAAUUGAAUGUGCAUCUGCCAAGUUAAAUAUUUUGUUAAGGAAUUUGGCCAGUAACAUAAAAGAAGUCACAUAACUAUAUAAAAUGGGUUUUCAGCGUUCAAUAUGUUUUGUAUUUUUGCUUUAUUUUAUACAAUAGCAAUUUAAACACAUGCAUAUUCGUAUGUUUAAUGCUUAAAUAAUUUUGAAUAAUGUUUCAUAAAUUUCAUGAUAUGUAUCACUGAUCGCACUUACUAUCGUGAGACAUAUUUCAAAAUAUUUAUCAGUACGGUUUUUACUCACUAUUAUUUUUAGUCGCUUUUGGCGACAUGUUUCGGAUUCUUUGGGAAUCCAUCCUCAGGCACGAGUGUCAAAAGCGACUAAAAAUAAUAGUGAGUAAAAACCGUACUGAUAAAUAUUUUGAUGUAUCACUGAAUUCUGGAUGUCUGUUCUUUAAAAUGGUUCAUAAUAGGAAACGCGUUCUUAUUAUAAUGGUCACUGUAUGUUUAGAAAUAAGGAUAGUUUACACUUGUAUGUAUGAGAAACUCCAGAUAGCUUGGUUAUCUACUUGAAAACAGGAUAUCAAUGUCUUUAGAAGUUUUUUAUCGUCCAAAGGCGUGCGUACCACCAGUGUGCGGCACAAGCAUAUACAGUACAUAAAUCUUUGUGCCGCACACUGGUGGAAUCCCGCCAUAAGACCUCAAACGAAUUCUAAAGGUAUUAAGCUUAUGCUACCACGGGUCAUAUUUUAUAACGUAAAAACACAAGUUAUAACUUUUUGUAGUAAAUCUUGAUACUAAAUUUAAAUUACAUUGGAACGUUUAUUGUUUACACUUGUAUUAUGGUGGCCUAAAAGUGUUGAUUUUAUUUUGCGACGCUCUUUUGUCUAUGUAUAAUUUGAGCCUGUUACAUGUUCAAUAUCAAUUUAGUUAAAACUAAUUUCGAUUUAAUUACAUAUAUUCGAAAACUAUUCCGGUUCUGUAGAAUUAGCUAGGGUCGAAAUAGCCUAACAUAGAACUCUGCAUCGGGUAGUUUACUCGUAUAUGCCAGUGUUACGUAUUAUUCUUGUAUUUUAGGUAUUGUCACUACGUCCAAUAUAAAACUUUGAGUGAUAGAUCUUGCGAUGUAAAACUACUGUUUAAGGUCGAAGUUUGGACAUUGGACAUAGUGAUAUGCACUCGGAUCACUAUUAGAAUACCGUAUGCAAAGAUUUAUGCCGGGGCCACACUGGGAUUAUCGCGAUAAUCAAUGGCGUUCCCCGUUAGUGUGGCUCAGGCAUUAUCCAUGCGUCGUGAGUUGUCGUCUCAAAUGGCGCCAAGGCGUCAAAUUAACGUUCAUGAAGUUAUUGUUAAAAGGCAGUUUUUCUGUUGUACUGAUGUGCCGUCGGAAAGUUUCCAAAAUUACUAAAUUUCUACUUGGAAAAGCGCGAAACUUCUCACACGUUUGUAUAGGAACGGAAUUCUUUUUAUUUUGUAAUAAAAUGUUCCAUGGUUUCUGUUUUCUGUGAAAUUUUCCUGAAUGGAAACUUAUACAACUUUUCGAAUACUUUCAGCAACUGGCAAUUUGUACUCUGUUGUAUGAAGAAUAAUAAUUGUAUUGCAUGACAUAUUUUGUAAACAUAAUUGAAUUGAUAAUACAGGAAUAUGUAUUGAAUGCUGUAUUCUAAUAAAUCCGAGUGUCUCAGUAGUUAGAUUUCUCAUGUUUGUACUAGAUAUGGGCGCGAGCAUCGUAUGUAUUAUUUUCAAUGGGAGUGUUGUACGCGAUUUACUGUGAUAGCCCUGGUAAUACGCCCAGGUGUAUCUAUGAGAUUCUCAACCCAAGCGAAUUUUGACUCUCGUUGUAACGACUUUAAGUUGAAUUUUGAUAGCCGGCUGUGUCGGAUUUUCUACAACAGUGCGUAUUUUGUACCGGUGGUACUCUUAAUUUUAGAGGUGCAUAAAUGAGUAAGCCAAA